UCGCAGGCAUGGAGACAAUGAAUGGACAAGACAGACCCGUCCCCUGCUCUCAUGGAGCUUACUCUCACGAGGGGCGACGAGCCAGCAAACGAGACUAUUUCAGGUCCCUUCACCGACGUUGUCACCACCAACCUAAAGCUCGGCAACCCGACAGACCGCAGCGUGUGUUUUAAAGUGAAGACCACAGCCCCGCGCAGGUACUGCGUGAGGCCCAACAGCGGGGUCAUCGACGCGGGGGCCGCGGUCAACGUGUCCGUGAUGUUACAGCCUUUCGAUUAUGAUCCCAAUGAGAAAAGUAAACACAAGUUUAUGGUUCUGUCUAUGUUUGCGCCAACUGACACUUCUGAUAUGGAAGCAGUAUGGAAGGAGGCAAAACCGGAAGACCUUAUGGAUUCAAAACUUAGAUGUGUGUUUGAAUUGCCAGCAGAAAAUGAUAAACCACAUGAUGUAGAAAUAAAUAAAAUUAUAUCCACAACUGCAUCAAAGACAGAAACACCAACGAUGUCUAAGUCUCUGAGCUCUUCUUUGGACGAUGCCGAAAUUAAGAAGGUGAUGGAGGAGUGUCAGAGGCUGCAGAGCGAAGUGCAGAGGCUGCGGGAGGAGAGCAAGCAGCUCAAGGAGGACGCUGGGCUUCGGAGGAGGAGGACGGCGCAGAGCAGCAGCCCCGGCCCCGCAGUGGCCAUGGCCGGCAAGGAGGACGGCCCCAGCACCCGGCUUCUCGCCCUGGUGGUCCUGUUCUUCAUCGUCGGCGUCAUCGUGGGGAAGGUCGCCUUGUAAGAGGCCGCAGGCGAAGGGCGGCCGGUCGGAUGGACGGGUCCGCCAUGUCGUGGGAUCUAAAUUUAUCAUAGCCGUGUAUGAAAAGAAAUCAGUGUAUGAUGACAUCUCACAGGUCUUGCCUUUAAAUUGCCCCUCCCUGUGCGUGCGCGCGCGUGCGUGUGCGCACCUGCUCACACACAAAUAUAACAUAAUGUAACAAUCUCUUAGAAAGUUAAAAAUGUAUAGCGAAUGAUUGGGGGAAAAGAAUGAUCUCUAUUAAUGACAAGGGAAAUCAUGAUUAAGUGACAAUGCCAUGUUGUCAAUGUCAUUUUAAACGUUUGUAGCCUCGGUACAUGUUGCUGGAUUACCUCUCUUAAAACACGACCCUCUGCCUUGCCUGUGGUGCUGGCCCUCGGGGAGCUGGGGCCCAGCGGUGGGGGGUGCUGUCACCUCCCACAGUGGUCCCCGUGCUGCCGCUCACUCCCCAGGCCACUUCUCCAUGCUCGGCCCGGGCCGUCUGUCCCUUGGGACCGACGAGCAGAGUCAGAAGCCAAAAAGAACCGUCCCGUGGCAGCGUCCGGCGUGCUCGUCAGGAGCGGGAGGCCUAUGACUGACCCAGCACUUUGGAAGUGAAGUCGAUGCUUUGUUCUCUUAAAGGGACCAAGCUAAAUCGCCGUUGGUUCACGUAGUGAGAUUGAACUGUUACUCAGAGAUGUCGAAUGCACAUUUAACUUAUUUAAUGUAUUUCAUCUCAUGUUUUCUUAUUGUCACAAGGUUAUAAUUAAUGCCGUGGCCUAAGAAUCACCCGUGCUGCCUAAUGCCGGUGGGUGAAGCAGGCGUCGCUGCUGGAGGGCCGUGGGCCCCUCCGUGGCUGGGGAGGUGUGGCUGAUCUGGAUGGUGGGGAACAGCUGCCGGGAAGUGUUUUCCUGUGUAAAUAGAUGACAGCUACCGUAGGGAGGGCAGUUUUCAGUAGUGACAGUCAGCUCUUUUUAGCGGGGGAGAGUAGCUGGUCUUCCACAUUCUUUCCCCGCCCGCCCUCAGCCACCAUGCACACUCCCAGCACACGCGCCCCGAGUCUGGUCCCGGCCUUGCCCGUGAGGCCCUCGCCGGGGGUCAGGGUGAGCGAGGCGGGUGGCAGAGUGGCGAGGGGAGAGGGAACCAGCUGGCUGGGUGGGGGGCGGAGGGAGACUCCAGACGCUCCAUCCAGCAGUAACGGAGUUCGACUGUGGGUUAAUUUUAUGACGUGAAAGACCAAUCCAAUUGUUUGACUAUGUAGCAUCUUAAAAAGAAAAAAAAUAAAGCCCCAAAAUUAAGAGUU